ACCCGAGAGAGCUGUAACAGCGUGUGGACUCCAUUGAAAAGAGGGCCUUAUUAUCUCCAACAGGGGAACACACAUAAGGUCCAACACGAAGCGAGACGUAUGCGUGGGCGUCCUAAAAACCUGAAGCAUACAGAGAACCACACCAGACCACAGACCAGACCAGAUUGAGUCCAAAUACUGAUUCGUCCCUUCUCCCUCCCCCCACCAGCCUUGCAGGCUGCCACCACCAGAUCAUCUCCUUAAACAGUAAUUUAUUGUGCUGAUCAGACAACCUCUGGCCACUGGGACUGGACAGGAGGCCCAGAGGUUUGCCCCGCUGGAGCUCUAAGCUGUGCCUGGCAAUGCCUCAGCCUAGCGUCAGUGGGAUGGAGCCUCCCUUUGGGGACGCAUUUCAGAACUACUCGUUCGCUGACCAGGCCCUGACCAGCACUGAGCUGCUUGCCACCAGCUCUGACCCAGAUUUCAUGUACGAACUGGACAGAGACAUAACCCACCGGCAGAGCCCCUGUGGGGACAGUGUGGUGGGGGUCGGGGACGGAGGCAAGGAGGUGGAGGGCUGUGCGGAUCAGUUCAUGGGUCUGGGCGAGUGCGAGACGGUCUACAGCAGCUCAGCGUUCGAACAGUGGGACUCCUACUGGGAAGACCUCACCAGAUACACACGGCUGGCCAGCUGUGACAUCUGGGGCACCAAAGAGGUGGAUUUCCUUGGAUUAGAUGACUUCUCUAGUCCAUACCAGGAUGAGGAAGUAAUUGGUCGAACCCCGACGCUGGCACAGCUCAACAGUGAGGAUUCGCAGCCUGUGUGUGAGACACUCUACCCCCCUACUGACUUGACCCUGCCCGCCCCUCAGCCUCAACCGUCCCAGCUUCCCUGUCACAGUAAGAGACCCCUGGUCCUUGGCCAGGGCCCCGGCUCUGUGCGGCCCUCCCCGAGCUCCACAUCCUCUUCCCGUCCUUCUCGUAACCUUCUCCCGGACUUUCCUGAAAGCUCCCAAAAAGCCACCAGACCUGUCCCCUCUAGCACUGAGACUAUGGCCAAGACCCAGAACCUCCUCAGUCUUACCCAGGACCAUGGCCAAGCUCAAACCAAGCUCCAGGGGCGAGUUAACAAGAUGGCAGCCCCAAUUUCUCACAGCACUGACUUUGUGCGGAAGGCUAAAGUCCGUGUGAGUGCUGUACAUAAAGCUCAGCCCGAAAUGCCCUCCCAGACGGAUUUUGAGAGGUCAGAUCCACCUCUGCCUCUCUCCCAGCCCCAAGAAGAGAAGGCCUGCACUUCGGCGAGUGCCACCCUUGUAGGAAUUCCUGUUGCAGCAGCCAGCGGCUCUGCCAGCCUGACGAGCUUUGAGAGGAGACCAGAGGUGACAGGGAGGAGGGAGACACCUGUGGGCUGGUCUGCCACCGUGCCUCAACUGGUGGAAGCGAGUCAGGCCCUGGAGGGCAGCACCUCUGGGCUGGUUAGCAGCGCUGAUAGUGUUGCGGGGGCUAGCGGCGGCGGUGGCGUUCUAGUUGUCGAGGGCACGGAGAAGAGCAAGGAGGAGGAGCACAACUACUCUCUGUUCCUGACCCGCAGCAGACUGGCCGGCAGAGCCCACUCCCAGCUGGAAGAGGACGAGGAGGAGGAGGAGGACGAGGAAGAGGCUGAAGAGGAGGAAGGCGAUGGGCUUGAGCUAGAUGAUGAAGACCACGAUGAGGGUUUUGGCAGCGAGCACGAGCUGUCUGAGAAUGAGGAGGAGGAGGAUGAGGAAGAGGAUGAAGACUACGAAGCCGACAAGGACGACGACAUGAGUGACGCCUUCUCUGAGCCAGGCUGUGACAUGGAGCUGAUGGAGGACAUUAAAGGCCUGACAGCGGGAGUCUCCAGCCGGAAGAGAGGCAAGCGUCGCUACUUCUGGGAGUACAGUGAGCAGCUCACCCCCUCCAAACAGGAACGUAUGCUGAAGCCAUCUGAGUGGGACAGACACACGCUGCCUAGCAACCUGUACCAGAAGAACGGGCCUCUCCACGGAAAGUAUAUGCUGAAGAAGUCUCGCCGCACAGACGUGGAAGACCUGACUCCCAAUCCACGUAAGCUGCUGCAGAUCGGCACCGAACUCCGAAAACUGAACAAGGUGAUCAGUGAUUUGACCCCCGUCAGUGAGCUGCCGCUGACUGCACGGCCGCGGUCUCGCAAGGAGAAGAACAAGCUGGCGUCCAGAGCUUGUCGUUUAAAAAAGAAGGCCCAGUAUGAAGCAAACAAGGUGAAGCUCUGGGGACUCAGCACAGAGUACGAUCGAUUGCUGUUUGUUAUCAAUGCCAUCAAGGAGGAGAUAGUGGCUCGAGUGGAGGACUCCUCUCCGCGUCCGACCAACAUGGCUGACACUCUGGAGCAUCUCAUCAAGGAGACACUCGUGGCAUCACCUGUUGCUGGGCAGACUUCAGACUUUGUCAACAAGAUCUUGGAGAACACAGGACGCGGCGAUCCCACCGGCGGACUGGUCGGCCUGCGAGUCCCCACCUCUAAAAUCUAGACAAACCGCAGUCCACUGAGAGGAGUGGACUAAAUUUUGCCACCGUGCUGUCUCAUUGUAACUAUGCUCCCCUCUGCAUGCCCCUCCAACCCAGAGUACAUACACAUUGUUAGUCACACAAACACACAUACCACUCCCUGUGUGUAUGUAUGUGUGCUUGUUUUAGCCAUGCACCUGUAUGGCACACACCCUAGCUUACUGUCUCUACACGCUGUGAGCAGAGUCAGUUCGUCACCGUCUCCCAAUCCAUCGUGAGCAUCUGUUGGGUAAAAGCGCCUCUAAAAGCGAGGGAUGGUUAGGUGUAUAGCUAACAGCACGUCCUAAAUCCACUGGUGAUUAUUAGAUGUGUUUAACAUAGUGUUGUGUCGGGUCGGUUCAGUUGGAGGUCUGCUUCCAGGGCUGACGAGGAGAUAGUCACACGAGUGUAACCACUGGAAUACUUUCACACAAUUUGUUUGAGGUUGUGAUGACAGAAGAAGUUUUGUUACAAAUCAAACACCAUCAAAGGUUGGACGAAGUUCCAGUUAUCACAUGGCAACAAAACAUAACUCCAGGAUCUUAAAAUCAACCCGCUCAGUAAAAUAUUUCAAUGAAAACAGCAUUGGUUACUAAGAUAGCUGCAGAGUAAAGAAAAAAAAAGCAGUGUGCUCCAAGGCGUUACGGGGUGGCAGGAAAUAUUUUGUAUUGAAGGCCUAAAUAUGUUCAUGCCAUCCCCUGUUUGUCAAUCAGGUCUGCUGUUGUUAAAAUGUAGGAGUUGGCAAAAUAAAGCUCGAAACAAAAAAGUUAAAAUUCGACUUUAACGAUUAAGCAUCAGACGUCCUGCUGAGUGGAAGUUUUCAGCAGGCAGGAGGAAGCUUAACGGCUAAUUUUGACGACGUUAAUUCAAACAACAGAAGUUAGCUGACCAUGUGGAGAGAAAGUGCAUGUGGUUUGGUGCUUUUUGGCCUUGUGCUAGUUAUAACUGGACGGGGUGAAACAGGCAUUUUGCCAGAAUGGGAGCAGACUGUGAGGAAGGUGAUGGUGGUGGUGAUGAAGAGAACAUAGACAGUGAUCCAUCUCCUCUUGGAAACUGUACAUAGAAGUGUCUCCCAGUGAAAAACGGCACCGGCUCCCCUUUUUGUACAGUAGAGAAGACCAGGCUAACAGUUUGGUGUGUUCAUACUAGUGUUUGAUCAGAGUUCUAUUCAUUGUGCCUUGUGUAUGUAUGUGUGUGUUUCUGUAAGUCUGAGUGAGUGUGUGAGAGGGACUGAACGAGGAGAGGUGAUUGGUCAGAGCUCCCUGAGGUCCAGCUGAGGAGAGGACUACUUUACACUGAGGGAGAUUGUUAGUGAAUGCGCGUAGGGAGAAAAUUGUGGGGUUCGUCGUGUAUUUCAGUCAAGAUAUUCUGAAUGUACAUAAAACAAGUGGAAGCUCUUGUUGCGUGAUGCCACAGAGUCUGUGUAUAUAGGAGGGCUCUGCAAUAGAUCACUUUUGGUUUUUGGUACUCUUGUCUUUAGGGAUUGGGGGAGGGUUAACAGAUAUUUUCAUUUAGAGUUAUAAAAAAAAAUAUUUGCACACUAUAUUUUGAUUGUUUUUUGUACCAAAGACACAUGCAACGAAAUGGCGACCAGCCAGUUAAAGUAAGGUUUUGCACAGCUUACCUGACGCCGUAUUGAAUGUAAGAAAUGUGGGAGGGUCAGGGAAUUCAUAGAACUGUGAAAUUAGCUUGGGUCCAAUUCUGUAUAGAAAAGGAACAUUCAUUAAUUUUUUUUUUUUUUUUUUUAAUCUGAAAAUUAACCCCAUCUGUGGGCAUCUCCAGUAGACAUGUUGCUUAGCAAACACUUCAUUCCUGAAACUGAUUCCUCCCUCCACAUGCUAAUUGUUUUAAUGGCGCUUUCUAGGACAAACCUAAGAGUGCUAGUAGAUAAGCUAUGUUACAUUUUUGCUUGUUUGUCAAAAUGUCACCGACAAUAACCAAAAUGUUUUGUUCCUUUUGUCACUCGUUUGAUUUCUGUAUGUAGACAAGGUUUAGUUCAUCAACAAAAUAUUAAUGUGUUUUAAAGUACUGUAUAUAGAAGCAUUAAUGCUAUAUCUAUCAAUGGUGAAAUGCCACUUUACAUGACAAUUGAUUCAUUUUUAAGCAUGACACAUUUCUAAAAGCCUAUCCUUGCAUUGAGAAAGCUAGAGGAAAAAAAAAACACAAAAACCGAAGAAAAAAAAGUUCUUGUUAUAUUUUUGUACUUUAGCUGCCUGCUAGCUUUCCUGUUGGUUUGGAGGUUGAGUGAAAAGAAGGAGAUGUGGAGGAGAAAAGUCGGAAAGAGCAUCCAGAGUUUGAUACAUAAACCGACACUUGACCCCUUCAGUCUCCUCUGCCAGCUGAGGGAAAUACAGAGAGGCACGACUGCAUUUAUCUAAGACAUAAUGCAGUGAAGCCAUGGUCUAGUUUGAAUGGUCUAUAAAGAGAAUGAGGACAUGCUGUCUUUAGCGAGGACAGGGACUUGUCCAGGAAAGCAAGGAACUCAGAGGACAACAGCAUGAGGACAGUUUCUGUAAGAAAGCCAAAGCCAUUUGAGUCUGUCCCAGAUUGAUCUGGAUUCAGCACUGUGCAUUGUCAUUCAGAUUUUCACACGUAUUCCCUCUUUGACCAUGAAGUCGGUUGAGUUUUGCAUUUCCUGAUAGUGGCAUUGUUGCCUUUUGAGGUUGCAUUGUUGGAUUUUUGUCUGCCUGGCCUUGCCUUUGGACUUCAGCUCACACCCUUCCUGACCGCAUAGAAUAACUAUCUUCACCAAAACACACAGUUACAAUAUCCAGGCCACGAACUGGCAGCAUGUCCAACGUUUAGAAAUGCAUGAUGCCUGUAUGCUUGCCUCCCUGCUGCCUCCUCAGAGGAAACGCAGCCAUUUGCCAGGAACUUAAAAACUCAACCAAGCGCGUUUGAGGCUGAAUUCAGGUUAGUUUGAAGUGGAGAAGGCGCUCCUUCACAGAAUGAACUCUGAUGUCUGGUGGUCUUUCUGUAUCGUGUGAUUGAAUAACAGCUAGUGCUACAUAUAUAUAUAUUUUUACUGAUUUCUGUUCCGUCUAAAAAGGGAGAAAUGGUGCUUUUUUUCUGAAACUAGAAUGAUGAGUAUCCAUGAUUCUUAUUUGACUCCUUAGUCUAGUUGUAGCCUAAUGACUUGCUCUCCCUUACCGUCCAUAGCUAUUUUCUUAGUAGUGAUUAAUUUUUGUAAAUAGUCUAUAUAAGUUAAUAUGUAUCUUCUAAAUGUUAGAUAUAUGUAUAGAAUACUCUAUCUUAUAUGUUUGAAAACGAAAGCACUUUGUCCAAAAAAGGAAAAAAAAAGAAAAAAAAAGAAAAAGAAAAAGAAAAGCAUUUUUUUCUUCCAUUUGCUGCUAAAAGGCCUGGUGUGAAUGCUGCAAGUGUACUUGACGACUACUUGCUAGGAUAGGUCUAUUACCUGACUUGGCUAGGUCUAUAAACUAGCAGGGAAUAGGUGUCGGACCUGACGAGGGUUAGAUCUGCAUGUGUCUGGAGCCACGUAAUGAUAUGGAGGGUUGUAUGAGCGCAUAUCAUUGCUUGGCUUUGGGUGUCUUGACAGGAUCGGUCUAUUUCCUGGUCAGGAGCCGUGUGGAUAGGGUGUUUGUGGUCUUAAAAAAAAAAAAGAGGGUUUUGAUUCCAGGGCCCCUACAUUGAUCCUGAUGCUGACCCCCUUGGCGUCAUGAUUCAUUUGCCUUCAGUAGAGGUUUCCUAUGGAAAAACUGAUUCUGCUUUGGCUUCCUCUUCAGGGUGAUGUACAGUGUAGACACAUUUCUCCAGAGAGCUAUAUUGUUAUCAUUUGUAAACUGAUUUCUACUUGUGACUUAAUGAGGAGGGGUUUAGCCUAGGGCGGCCGGGAAGAGCCCAAUUGAAAGACGUUGUUCCGGGCCGCCUUAGGGGAAGUUACUAUAUCACUGUACUGUAUGGCAAGCCAGUUACAAAUGGAGGCUCAAUCCGGACACUUAUUGCCUUUUUGAACUUUUCACUUACACACAAACAAAAAUAAUAACACGGCAGAUGUGUCAGUUGCCGAGGGGUGUGCCCGAGGUUUAUGACAUCAUUGUGCCAAUUUACGGUCAACUUCAACAAAACCAUUCAGCCUGAUGGGCUCAAAACAACCUUGACUGAAGUAACAGACGUGGGGAAAUAUGUCUGGAAAAAUGGCUUCAAAGAUUUGAUCUACUUGUGCUCAGUUUCAUCUUUUGGGACACAGUUUGAAGCAUUUUUUCGGCUACAGUUAUGCCCAGGUCUGACAGGGGGUCAACAGUGGUAAAAGGGCCGCUGGUUGGCCGACAGCAGAGCGUAGCGUUUGUGUUUUGUAGUCGAUCACGAGGCUGAUUCAAGAAAGAGUCCUCACAGGUUUUUACAUUUAACAUGAUAGGUGCAAGCUGUGCAACUUUACAUUCAAACCAGGAGACUCUGUGGCAUUUUAACAGUCAAGGAAAUGAGUGAAAAUCCACGCCAGUAAAACUAUUCCUUAUUCUUUUUAUUUCUGAUGACAUAAAUCCUAUACAGUCAACUAUUAAGCUAAUAGAGUGUGUAACUUUGUGCUACUCUUGUCCAAUAAAAGCUAAGUGGAUCCAUAAAGCUCUUCUUCAGCAAAUCAGGGUAAUAUCGUUCUUCUAUCUGACAUAUGUGAUGACAUAUAAAAUCAAAAGAAAAUAUAUUUAUGUAUUCCAAUUAUUGUCGCCAUUCUUUACUCUGUACAAAAUAUUUUGUGUGUGUGCGUGUGUGUGUAUGAAUUAUCAAUGUCAAUCAAUAUAGUGCAAUGCUCUCUACACAAACUGAAAAAAAAGGCCAACAGACUUGUCACAAGAAUUCACAAAGUUUCUCCGCUUUCUUCAAAUCGCUAGUCAAACAUACACCUGCAACAUUUUCCUGUCAUGAAGGUUUUGACUCGGAUUUCCUGCCGUGAUCCAACUGGGGUUUGUCACAUGGUGCUGAUUACUUUUCAUUAUCCAAGAAAUCACCUAAGAGUUUAAAUGGCAUCUGUAUUUAGAUCCAAUCACAAAUAAUGAGAUCAUUGUUCUCAAUAAUUGUCAUCAGACCAGACUUCCCCUUCUGAUCAUUUUCAUUGAUUCUGACUGUCCCUGUUGGACCAAGCAGACGAAGAGUCACACUGAUUCUUAAUCUGAACAACAACAGAACGAUGGUUUCUGUAUUUUGGGCUGUAUGUUAAGCAUACCAUUGUAUGUUGUAUAAAAGUCUGACUCUGAGAUCUGAUACCAUUGCACAAAUUCACAGAGAAGGUUUAUCCCAUCUUUGAGGUACAAAAUAUUUACCAGAACUGCAAAAUGAAUACAAAUGUUCUGAUGUAUUAGGACUUUUUUGUUAAUUAUUUAAAUUGCAAGUUGAAUUUCCUUCACAUGUUAACAUAUGGUUAUAGAUUCACCUUUUGUAAUAUUCAGUAAAAUUUUUUUAAAAACGAGUGUUUCUGUAAUUUUGGAAUAAUUUCAAAGAAGUUUCUUGGAAAGAGCUUUUAAUUUCAUAGUAGGGGAAUUAAUUAAUUGAUAGGAAGGUGUCAACAUGUAUGGACGAUAAAGUUUUCAAUAAUGAGGGAAUAAUUUACUUGUCUUCAGAGCUGCUCUAAUCAAUAUUAAUGCAUAAAAAAUGGAUUUAUUUACUUCAAUUAAACUGACUGGUGUUGCUUGUCGUAAUGAACCUACAGAGAACAGGCAACACUCUGCAAGUCGCCUCUUAUCUAGUUAAUACAGCAGAGCUUGUUCAAUAUGCUUAUUCUAUACUAUCACGAUACUUGGGUGCUGAUUUGAUUUGUAUUUUGACUAGUAUUGCCUUUUGACAUGACGAUUUAUUAUGAUUUUUGUUUUAAAAAGUAGAUUGCAGGAAAAAAUUGAAUUGUAUGCGGGAAGUUUGCCUCGCCUGAAUUUUAAUUGCUAAAUACUGAGGGCUCUUUUCCAAAGCCUCCAAAAACAGCGCCAAACAGCAUCGGGCUUUGAAGCCAAUUUGACAGUGGCCAAACUGUGGCAUUACUACUUCUGAGUGCAUCGCAUGACAUUAUCAGGCCGGAAAGACGUCCUCCCACAGACUUACAUUGUUAAAAAUAUUUUUUUUAUUGUUUAUUUUCCUACUGUUUUUAAUGUGAGUGAGCCUGAGACCGAGCAUUUGGGAGGGAGUGUUAAAGGUUCGGCAAAUGCGCUUGCUCUAUGGGCCCUUGAGUAAUUUAUAUCGGGAAGUGGAACUUUUUUGUUUUUGUGUGCCACAGGGGCAGUUUUCAUAGGAAUGAAGCCGCAGUUCUCUUUAUAAAUCCAUGUAGUACCCUUGGACAGCUUUGCAAUUUUUCUUGCUUUCUGUUGUUUUUCUGGAAACGUAAUGUUGUCACAUUACUCAUAGAUAACCACAAGAAGACUAACAACCCAUUUCCACCUCUGCAUCCAAAUAUAUUGUUUACAGUUUGCCAUCAUGUUCAUAACAACACUCUGUAGUGAAAAUAAAUGAAGCAGUUUUUUCCAAGAAACUUCUGAGGAUGUUAUUACGAAAUUGCUGUUCCGUAAGAUAAGUGUUAACAAUUUUUUUUUUUUUUUUUAAGAAAUAGGAUUUGUACAAAAAAACAACUAAAAAAUGGCCUCACUCUCUGCUGGCUGCGAUUUCAGAUCUCAGAGUCUGGCUUUGAGUUUCUUUUGGGGCAUUUCAAAUGUUUCCCGUUUUGUUCAGAUCCAUGUGGGCUUCCCUCAUUUCUUUUAUAAACACCUUUUUUUUUGGAGGCUGUAUGCUUACAACCCUCCACAUUUUCCCUGUGUAAAUUAGAUGCAUACCAAAAUGUACUCGCGGUGGGAAUAAUGUUUCUGCAUGCCAAUUUUCCGCAUAGCACUGAGAGAAUCAAGUGACAUCUGGAGUUCUUUGCAGAUUGGGAAAUAAUUUGGCCAAUCAACGGUCUCCAUCAUCACAAAGUUCACUCACUGCACUGUCAGUCGAAUGAUUUCAUACUUGCUGCUACUGAAUGAGCACAAAGAGACUUUUUGGUUUAGAGUGUCCAUGACACAAUUACCGGAUAUUAUUACCACACACCCCAUUUUUGAUUUUACACCGUAUUUUCCUGCGACAGUCAAAAGACCAACAGUGUUACUCACCUUGCACUUGGUUUUCGAAUAUGAUGCCUGCUGAAUCAGGUGCCUUAAUCAAAUAUAUGAGAACACAAAUCUGCACCUUUUGUCAGUCUGGAGGGGGUUUCCCUACAGAAACAAGGGGCUGGGUUUCCCAAAACAUAAACUUGAAGUACGAAACUGAAAUGAAAACCUCAUUUAACCACAAAUCAAUACAUUUUGUAUCAGCCUUUAACAGCAGAUAAUAGCUGUUUUUCGUGCAUGAAUAGAACAAUAAACUCUGCAAAUGAUUUCCCUUUUAAAGUAUUACCGAAGAAGAGCAUAAACUAAAUUGCUGUUGUUUUGGGAAACCUGGUUCCGUUUUUAACUCUUUCUCUGCCCACUACGCCAUGUUAUUGUGUUUUCUGUAUUGGCUGCUGCUGCUAUCACCGCUGGUGUGUCCGUGUAGAGAAGAGCAAACCUCCACUGUGUCUGUGGCAGAGGGAGACUUGGGCCUGCUUUUUACCUAGUCAAUUACAAUGCAUUCUUCUUCUGUGGUUUUGACAUGGAGCACCGUGUUGCUGCCUCCUGAAACCUUUUUCGAGAAAAAAAAAAAGAGAAAAAAAAGCAUAAAACAGAACUUUCCGUUUCUUAACUUUGCUAUUAUGAAGUGCCAGACCCUCCUUGAAGUCAGUGUUGGCACUGAGUCGCAGGUUGCGAAUGAAGCGACAAACUGAGCAUGGAGGUACACUGUGGUGCUAAUCUGUCAGUGGCUGGGUGCUAACAUGGCUGUGUUAAAAAGCUGUAUUAGCCAUAUUAUUCCUUCUGUCGAUGACUCUGGUCAGUCUUGUGUUUCUGACUGCUGCACUGCUGUAUGCUGACAUAGCGAGGUAUAACUCUGCUGCUGCUGCUUUGCUGAUGAAUGUAGACUAGUCUUCCUCAGCAGGAUCAUACAGACAGACGUGAGUGUCUGGUGGAGCUUUUCCUGUUGUGCUUCUUACUGUUAGACAUUUUGUUUGGAACACAGAGGGAGACUCUUGUCGUCAGGAUCCAGAAAGAUCAUGAAUGUUGUAUCUUUUUAUGGCCGCUGUCCUGCUUGUAUGUUUAAACCUUUUUGAAUAUUAUGGUUUGAUAUUUAUGCUCUGACUCUGUCAAAUGUUUGCACGUUUGAAUUUUUAUUCCCUAAAUUAUAUUUUAUUGCCUUUUUUCCCUGAUCCCAGUGUUCAUACCAUUUCUUUGAUAUUUAUUUGUUUUGUCCUGUAAAUUAACAUGUAAGGAGACAAUUUGUUGAAUCUAGACUUUUUUCUAGCUUUUCCACUGAAGCGGACUUUGUUAGGAGUCACGUGAGCUUCACAGACAUGGACCAAAGUCACAAUGAAAUCAGAAAUUACAUCUUUUUUUCAUAUAUCCCCAUAUAAUUUUAUACAACUACUUGACAGUAAAUACAUAAAAACAUUUAUCGUCUGUAAUUUCACAUUCUAAUGCUAUUGAGAUGUACUCAUAGUAUAUCCGUAAUUAGGGAUGCACAAUAAUAUCAGCACGUCAUCGGUAUCGGCAGAUAAUGGCUUUGAAAUGAAAUACUGGUACUGGCCAACGUGCAGAUUUUUGUCGGUAAACCAAUAUUCUUCGUUUUUCUUUUGUUUUUUUUUUAACAAAGUGAACAUGUACAAAA